UGAAGCGAUAGGGUAGGCACACACCGCAAAAGAAGAAUGGCAGAAGCAAGUCCAAGUAACCAGGACCUCUUUACAUGCCCGAUUUGUCUUGAUCUACUUAAGGAUCCAGUGACUGUUAACUGUGGACAUAGUUACUGCAUGGGCUGCAUUAAGGACUGCUGGAAUCAGGAAGAUCAGAAGGGAGUCUACAGCUGCCCCCAGUGCAGACAGACGUUCACUCCAAGACCUGUUUUGAACAGAAAUAAUAUCUUUGCUGAGCUUGUGGAACAGUUCAGGAAGAGUGAAAUUCAACCUAUUGCUCCUGCCUCUGUUGUAUGGGCUGGAGCUGGAGAUGUGGAGUGUGACGUCUGCACUGGGAGAAAACUCAAAGCUGUGAAGUCCUGUCUGGACUGUCUGUUGUCUUACUGUGAAACUCACUAUAAAGCUCACAAUGAACUUAAUCCUGGACGAAAACACAAGAUGGUUGAUGCCACAGGUCAGCUACAGGAGAGGGUCUGCACCCAACAUGAAAAGCCUCUGGAGGUGUUUUGUCGUACAGAUCAAACUUGUGUUUGUUUGUUCUGUGUGAUGGAUGAACACAAAGGCCAUGACACUGUGUCAGCAUCUGCAGGGAGAAAGGAGAAACAGACACACUUGGGAGAGACCCAGAGGAGAUUUCAGCAGAGGAUCCUGGAGAGAGAGAAGGAGCUGCAGGAGCUGAGGAAGGCUGUGGAGACGCUCAAGAGUUCUGCACAGACAGCAGUGGAGGACAGUGAGAGCAUCUUUACUGAGAUGAUCCGCUCCAUUGAGAGAAGGCGCUCUGAGGUGACAGAGCUGAUCAGAGCUCAGGAGAAGGCUGAGGUGAGUCGGGCUGAAGAACAUCUGAAGCAACUGGAGCAGGAGAUUGCUGAACUGAAGAGGAGAGAUGCUGAGCUGGAGAAGCUUUCACACGCAGAGGACCACAUACAUUUCCUCAAGACAUUCCAGUCAGUGAGCAACACGCCUGAGACUAAAGACGUGUCCAGUACCUGUGUUAACCAAAGCCUUUCUUUUGAGGCUGUGAAGAAAUCUGUCUCCUCAUUAAAGGGGCAGCUGGAGGAUUUCUGCAAAGAGGAACUCGUGAAGAUAUCUGCAGCAGUGGCUAAAGUCCAGGCUAUGUUGCCUUCUGAACCUACAACCAGAGAGAAAUUCCUACAAUUGCCUAAAGUCCAGGCUAUUUUGCCUUCUGAACCUACAACCAGAGAGGAAUUCCUACAAUAUUCCUGUCACUUCACACUGGAUCCAAACACAGCUCAUAGAGACCUCCAUCUGUCUGAGGGGAACAGGAGCGUGGAGAGGACACAAGAGCUCCAGUCAUAUCCUGAUCAUCCAGAGAGAUUUGAUAGGUACCCUCAGCUGUUGUGUAGAGAGGGUGUGUCUGGACACUGCUACUGGGAGGUGGAGUGGAGUGGUAACGAUGGAGUUAAUAUAGCAGUCUCAUAUAAGAGCAUCAGCAGGAAAGGAUGGAGUACUGUGUCAUGGUUUGGAGGUAAUGAUCAGUCCUGGAGUCUGAUCCUCCACAGCCCCAGCUGCUCUUUCUACCACAAUAAUAAAGACACUGAACUCCCUCUAGUGGCCAGCUCCAGAAUAGGAGUGUAUGUGGAUCACAGGGCAGGAACUCUGGCCUUCUACAGCAUCUCUGACACAAUGACCCUCCUGCACAGAGUCCAGACCACAUUCACUCACACACUCUACCCUGGGCUUUAUCUGUGAAUAGGGUCAUCAGUGAAGCUGUUGUGAGUAUUCUCAGUUGGGUAUUGGUCUGGUAUGAGCCAGACUAGGACCCUGCUGCAGUAGGAGGCAUUAGUGUUUCAGCUUUGGGAACUGGGGUCAGACUUCUCACAAACACCUUGAGGAGAAGUAAGGGUACGUAGUGUAGUGCAACAUAAAUGGCCAAGUUCAGUAAAAUGGUCAGUAGGGUUUUGUAACAUUAAAAUAAAGGUUUGAACGUUUGCCUGAAGGUUUCAGGUUGUAGUUCACUUUCACACAACUCUCAUUAAUGGAGUUAAUACGUUGUUUAAACAUUGUGUUACUCUUUGCACAAUAUUUUGUUCAAA